AUGUCGUACCAACGACCCCAAGAUCCUUACAUUCACUCCAACGCCUCUCAAUACGAUGAGCGUUAUCAGCCCAGCUACCAGCAGGGCUACGGUGGUCAGCAGGCUGGCGGAUACAGCGACUACCCUGACCACGCCUCUGGCUAUCACGGCUCCUAUAAGGAGUCUUCCGAGGGUCUCUACAAUACUCAGGCUGCCGGUGCUGCUGCUGGCGCUGGUUAUGGCCAGCACCGCAAUGCCGCUACCAAUAACGCUGCCACUUACUCGUACGCCAAGCCGAAACGCGGAGUUUCCAAGUGGAUCAAGUUUGGUAUCCCGCUCCUUAUUCUCAUCAUUGCUGGUGCGGUUGUAGGUGGCAUCUUUGGCGCACGAGCCGCCAAGGACAACAACAGCAAUUCUAGCGGAGGAUCCAGCGGCGGCAGUGGAGGCACCAGCAGCGGCUCGACCCCCAACGUUCAGGGCGCUGCUCUUUCUGCCGCUCAGCAGGCUGCCAAAAACGGUGGAAACAACAUGCUCUUCUACCAAGGUACCGACCCAUACGGAAACCCUGCCUUUGUCUCGAGUAACGUCGACACCUCAGCCCCGCCCUACAAUGGCGUAGCUCACAACCAGUCUUGUGCCGAUUCGUGGACCCCCACCAACAGCCUUACCAAUCUGCGUUCUCACCCUCGUAUCAUGACCACCCAGGCCCAGUGGGACUGCUUGCCCACCAAGAUCGCCAACGAUGCCUACCUCACCGUCUGGAACACCACCAUCUUCAACAAUGCCACCAACUGGGCUAGCGAGCCACCUGUCGCAUACAUCGCCGAUGGUGGCUUCGGUGGCUCCGGUAUCCUCGAUGUCAGUCGAAACAUCCAGCAGCGUGUCAAGGCCUGGGCUUAUGCUUACAAGCUCUCCAAAAACACCAUGUACAAGGACCGCCUGUACCGCGAGCUCAACAACGCUGCCGGUAACACCGCCACUUUCUUCGGUCAGAACGGCACGCGCUGGAACGCUGAUCACUUCCUAGAUGUCGCCGAAAUGACUUCUGCUUUCGCCAUGGCCUACGACUGGCUCUACGACGACUGGAACUCCACCCAACAGACAAUGAUCCGUAACGCCAUUCUCCAGUACGGUCUUCUUCCCGGCCUCAACCAGUACGCCACCGACGCAGGAUGGUGGAAGCAGCCCGCCAAUGGAGACGGCAACUGGAAUUGUGUCUGCAACGGCGGUAUGCUCACCGGUGCCCUUGCUAUCCGCGGCGACGGCGAUGCCAACGCCACUGCUACCGCUGACAGCAUCAUCAACUCGGCGCUCAACAACAUGAAGGCCAACUGCAUGCGCGGUGUCUACGACGACGGCACCUGGACCGAAACCGCCAAUUACUGGUACUUUGGCACCAACGCUCAUGGCCGUGCUCUCUCGGCACUUAUCUCGGCCACCGGAUCCGACCAGGGACUCAUGGCGGAAAACCCCAACUGGUACAAAACCUCGGCUUUCCACAUGUACGUCUCGGGUCCCGGCGGUCUUUUUGCCUACGGUGACAACGGUCCCAACAAGUUUGCCACCACCGCCAACCAGCUUAUGCUUUACUCGAAGCUCUCUAACGAUGCCCGUGCCGCUCUCUACCAGCGUGAUCGCGCUGACGCCGCAUUCGACCCGCUCAGCAUGUUCUGGUAUGAGCCCACCGCUAAGGGCGCUUUUUGGAACGGUCUUCCCCUUGACCGCUACUUUGACGACACUCGAGGCUCGUGGGCCAGCAUGCGCAGCUCGUGGACUGAUCCCAGCGCUGUUUUCGUCGGCAUCAAGGCUUCCAUCCUCACCGGUCAUCAGACGCACGGUGAUCUGGAUGCGGGUGACUUUGUGCUCGAUGCGCUUGGAACUCGAUGGGCUGGUGAGUACGGCAACGGCAACUACCUCUCCACCGACUACUUUUCCAACGAAACGCAGGGCUCAGCUCGAUGGACCUACUACCGCAAGGCUACCGACGGUCAGAACACGCUCACCAUCAACUUGCAGAACCAGGACGUCAACUGCAUGCCCAUCAACCAAUUUAACUCGACGGGUGUUGCGCAGACUGGUGACCUCUCCUUCAAGCCUGCCACCACGGACGCAGUGCAGUUUAUCAGCGAUUUGAGCAGCUGCUACAGCCAGCCCGCCGGCACCGUGCAGCGAGGUAUCCGCAUGCUCAACGGUCGUCGUCAGGUUCUCGUGCAGGACGAGAUCGCCCAGUCGAGUCAAAUCACCGAUGUCCAAUGGCGUGUUCAGACCAACGCCACUGUCUCGAUCUCGUCUGACGGCAAGACUGCCACUUUGACGCAGAGCUCCAUCACUAACCCCAACGCCGCCAUCAAUGUGAAAGCCAGCCUCGGGGGCACCAAGACCAUGAAGGUGCAGAUCCUGAGUCCGUCCACCGCUGUCUUUAGUGUUGACGGCCCUCCCGCUAAUCGCAUCUACGGCACUGCCGUCGCUUCUGCAGCACCAGAAGACUCAGACAUACCCAACACAGGCGUUACCGCGCUCCAGAUCGAGCUCGGCGGCACUCAAUCUGGCUCGAAGACGUUGCAGGUCGUGUGGCAGCCCCAGUGGGACUCGCUCUCCGCCGAGGACCAGGCGACUCCCAAGUCGGUCCCGCUCAGCCAGUGGAGCCUCACCUCGCACAACUAG